AAGCCUCGCCGAGCUGCCGGCCGCUCGCCAGCCCCGCCGCCUGCUCCCUGCUCCAGCCUCGCCGCCCCACGCCGCCGCCAUGAGCCAGUCCUACUCCUCCAGCCAGCGGGUCUCAUCCUACCGCCGCACCUUCGGCGGUGCCUCCCCCGUCUUCUCCCGUACCUCCUUUGGGGGCAAGGGCAGCAGUGGCAGCUCCGUCACCUCCCGUGUCUACCAGGUGUCCCGCUCCUCUGCCGUCCCCAGCCUGUCCAGCUUCCGCGCCACCCGUGUGACGCCCCUGCGCUCCUACCAAAGUGCCUACCAAGGUGCCGGCGAGCUGCUGGACUUCAGCCUGGCCGAUGCCAUGAACCAGGAGUUCCUCCAGACCCGCACCAACGAGAAGGUGGAGCUGCAGGAGCUCAAUGACCGCUUCGCCAACUACAUCGAGAAGGUGCGCUUCUUGGAGCAGCAGAACGCCCUCAUGGUGGCCGAGGUGAACCGCCUGCGGGGCAAGGAGCCCACCCGCGUGGCCGAGAUGUACGAGGAGGAGCUGCGGGAGCUCCGGCGCCAGGUGGAUCUGCUCACCAGCCAGAGGGCUCGUGUCGAGGUUGAGCGCGACAACCUGCUCGAUGACUUGCAGAAGAUCAAGCAGAGGCUGCAAGAGGAGAUCCAGCUGAAGGAGGAGGCUGAGAACAACUUGGCUGCUUUCAGAGCUGACGUGGACGCAGCCACGCUGGCACGCAUCGACCUGGAAAGACGCAUUGAGUCCCUGCAGGAGGAGAUUGCCUUCCUCAAGAAAGUGCACGAAGAGGAAAUCCGGGAGCUGCAGGCUCAGCUGCAGGAGCAACACAUCCAGGUGGAGAUGGACAUCUCCAAGCCCGACCUGACGGCUGCGCUGCGGGACAUCCGCGCUCAGUACGAGAGCAUCGCUGCCAAGAACAUCUCCGAGGCCGAGGAGUGGUACAAGUCCAAGGUGUCUGACCUGACACAGGCAGCCAACAAGAACAACGAUGCACUGAGGCAGGCAAAACAGGAGAUGAUGGAGUACCGGCACCAGAUCCAGUCCUACACCUGUGAGAUCGAUGCCCUCAAGGGCACGAACGACUCGCUGAUGCGCCAGAUGCGGGAGAUGGAGGAGCGCUUCGCGGGGGAGGCCGGCGGGUACCAGGACACCAUUGCCCGGCUGGAGGAGGAGAUCCGGCACCUGAAGGAUGAGAUGGCCCGGCACCUGCGUGAGUACCAGGACCUGCUCAACGUCAAGAUGGCCCUGGACGUGGAGAUCGCCACAUACCGCAAGCUGCUGGAGGGCGAGGAGAACCGGAUCAGCAUCCCCAUGCACCAGACCUUUGCUUCCGCACUCAAUUUCCGAGAGACCAGCCCAGAGCAGCGCGGCUCCGAGGUGCACACCAAAAAGACCGUGAUGAUCAAAACCAUUGAAACCCGCGACGGGGAGGUGGUGAGCGAGGCGACCCAGCAGCAGCAUGAAGUGCUGUAGAGGACGUUGCUCCGGCAGCCCAAUGGCACCUUCCGUCCCUGCCUCCAUCCUGUCGCCAAGCCCCCCUCUUGCCCCCCACCUCGCCCCCCUGGUGGCUCCCCCGGCACUGUCCCAGGGGUCCCCCCCAGUGCAGCCGCCUCCAGGGCCCCUCGCGCCCCCAGGGCUCUCUCCUUUGGCUUCAAAAGGCUUGCUCUGCUUUCGCAGCUUUGCAGCGGCAACGCCAGUGUCAGGAUCAGGCCCGGGCCGGGGGUGGGGGGGUGGCAGGGGGGAGGGAGGGAGGGGACAGGCAGGAGGGGGCUGUGGGGAGCAGGUGGUGGCCUGGGCCAGGUCCCCGGAGAGCCGGAUGGUUCCAGCAGCGGGUUCUGGAUCCCCUCGCAACCCCCUCCCUGCACCGGGCGUGGGCUUGGGGUUUGUCCUGCAGGAUCGGGGACCCGUCCCCCCGCGCCGGCACCGCUGGCCUCCCCGGAGCUGGCACUUCUCUGGGCGCAUGGUGGCGUUGCCGAGGAUGGGGAGAAGCGGGGUCUGGGCCGAGGCCCCUGUUCUCCACCUGGCUCAGAGCCAGGGUGCUCCUAACAUGCAUCCCUGCCCCGGCCCCGGGGGGGGCUCUGGCCCCUGCGCUCCCCCGAGCCCGAGAGGCAGCCCCGUGGGGCAGAGGAGGGAAGCGCCCACCCCCCGCAUCGCGGGGACCCCCAGAAGCAGGAGGCUGUGUGGGACCAGGCUCGUGAGCUGAGAGGGUACCCGUAGGUGGUCACAGGAGAGAGGAGGAGUGAGUGAGUGGGAGAGAGGGGGGAGAGAAGGACAGGAGCCGGAGAGAGGCCCGGGGGCCAGGGCAGGCGGCCCCACCCCUCGCCCCACUGCACCCCCACCCCACCGCGUCUACGUGACUCUUCAGACGGCUGAAAUAAACAGCGGAGCAUCA